AUGCCGGACCCCCCCCUCUCACCGCAACAACCACCACCGACACCAACAGCGCCCCCGCAAAACUUUGUCCUCUCUGACCCGCUCCUGAAACCUUUCCUCUCCCCAACCUUCUCCCCAAGCGCCUACCUAAACAGCGCCCUCCCACCCCUCCUACCACCACCAGACCUCAAUCCAGCCGGUACCCCAAGACCCACAAAUGGCGAAACCCUCUCCACCCUCUCCUCGAAAACGGCAACUCUACUCUCAACACUAGACCUACAGACGCAAACCCUCAUUUCCACCCUCCAAUCCCAGGCUGACGAGAUCCUCCGGCUCGCGCCAAGACUCGGGUACGAGGUGGACCUGCUCCGCAGCGAUGUGGUCUCGCUCGCCUCGUCGCUGAACGGGGACCUGGAUGGGUGCGUGCGCGAGUUACGCCUUGGGGAAGGUGAGGAGAUGGGGGAGGUGGGGAAAGAGGAACUACGGGUGCUUGAAAAACUCCGCAUGCUCUCCCGCGCGCGCUCACGCUUGGAGGACGUGGUCAAAGUCUUUGGACACGCGAUGGAUUGGACGCUCGAGGGUCCCGGUGAGGACGAGGGAGCGGAACAAGAUAAACUGGCACCACCAAGCACCGAUCCCACACCACGCACCCCAUCCCCCAUACGUGCGCUCCGGGGCGCGCAAAAGAUGUCGGCGAGCCAUCCCGUUGAAGACGUUCUCUACCAUUUAUCCACCGGGGAUCUCGACGGCGCGAGACGGAAGGUGGCGGAAUUACGGGAGCUGUGCAAGCUCUUCGAAGGCACGGUUGAGGGGCCCGCUAGGAAGGCGGUCGUCGAAGCGCUGCAAGAGAAGAUUGGCGAGGAGGAGGCUAGACGGGAGGCGGAGAGGCUGGAGAGGGAAGGGGGUGGUGGUGGGGAGGAGGAAGCGGGGAAGAGCCGGAGAUUGCUGGAUAGGGAUACCCGAAGCGACGAGCGUGUCGAAGGAGGCGGCUGGGCCGGAGGCAAGGAGGGGUAUUACGGAUUUAUCAAUCAGUUAUCAAGGAUGAGGGGGAAUAUGACUUGA